GCCCCGGGGCAGGCUCCGGUGUUCGUCAUGGCCGAGCUGCGCUGCCGCUCCGUGCUCAUCACCGGCUCCAGCCGCGGGAUCGGGCUGGGCCUGGUGCGCGGCCUCCUCGCCGCUUGCCCCGCGCCUGACUUCGUCAUCGCCACCUGCCGCUACCCGGAGAAGGCGCAGGAACUACAGCAGUUGUGCAAGAAGUACAGUAACUUGAAGCUUCUUCAACUUGAUGUGGUUUCUGAAAGCAGCAUCAAGAAAGUGGUCCGAGAAGUGGACGAUAUCGUCGGGGAGAAAGGGCUCAAUUGCCUGGUCAACAACGCUGGCAUUAACGUGCUGGCCAACCUAGAAGAAGUCACGGCGGAAACCAUGCUUCGCAUCUACGAGACGAACACUGUCGCCCAGCUGAUGGUCACCAAAGCUUUUCUCCCCCUGCUGAGGAAAGCCGCCCAUCUGAGCACCGGGAUGGGGUGCCACCGCGCGACCAUCGUCAACAUGUCCUCGAUAUCGGCGUCCAUGGAGCUCGUCGAGGACAACGACUUCCAGAUGGUGUACCCUUACCGGAUAGCGAAGACGGCCUUGAAUAUGAUCACAAGAUGCCUCGCUGUUGAUUUGAAGCCGGAUGGAAUCCUGUGCAUCUCUCUGCACCCGGGCUGGAUCGAAACGGAUAUGGGCGGGAGCCUGGCUCCCUUGAAGGUCCAAGACGCUAUCCCUGGGAUCCUCUCUGUUCUAGCUGGUCUUAGCGAAAAAGACAAUGGAAAUUUUCUCAAUGGCGAAGGGGAGACACUCCCCUGGUAGCAGAGAGGCACGAAUGCCAGAGACCACAAGCACCAUGUUACAUCUCAGCUCCGGCAUCUUAGGUGUGCUGUGACAGCUAGCUUGGAUUCCUCUCUUUUUUUUAUAUUGUUAGCAGUACUGUAACGAAACCUGAAAGUCAGUCUGUUCUCAUAUUGUGCAUUGUUGUUGUUUUCAACCUUCUUGACAAUGGCAAAAUCUUAAUAGCUUCGGAUUUCUUUUCUGUGGGUCAGGAGAAGCCAGGGCGGAACAGUAUCUUGCAGGCAGGGUUCACCUGGGGGCCAGUUUACAGGGGACACCGCUCCGCUGCCUUCUCUUGGCUCUUGCCAGCUUGAUGGCAAGGCUUCACUACACUUGUCUUCCUCAGUGGUUCCACUUGGCACUAUGCAGUGAUAGUUGUGUGGUGUGGGGGGGGGUGUGUGGUUCCCAACAAAUUGCUUACAGAAUUCCCAGAAUCCUUUGCAGUGGGGCCCGGUGUAUUGUUUGGGCCUGAAGGCUUUGUGUCCCACUGUAUAUGUGGUCCCCAGGAGCUCAAGUGAACCAGCUUCCUGUUUAUGAAAGAGGCCACCAGAAGACUGUAUCAGUAGUUCAGCCCUUUGCAUGAUAGGGUUGUUAGCUCUGGAUUGGGAAAUUCGUGGAUAUUGGGGGCGGGGUUGGAACUCGGGGAGGGCAGAGUUUGGGGAGGAGAGGGACCUCGGCGGAGUGCAGUGCCACAGAGUCCGCCCUUCAAAACAGCCAUUUUCUCCAGAGGAACUGAUGUGUCACCUGAUGGUCAGUUGUAAUUCCGGUUGUCCAGACCCCAACUGGAGAUCGGCAACCUAGAUUUUGGCCCUAUUGUAGGCAGACAAUCCCAGGUUCAUCCUCUGGCAUAUCAGAUUUCCCCAGCUUGGGAAAUUCCUGGAGAUUUGAGGGAGGGCUGAAUUUGGGAAAGGGAGAGAACCCUAUAAAAUCUUCCCUCUGAAACGAUCGUUUUCUCCAGGGGAACAGUGAGCAGGAGUUGAGGGGGAGGGGAAUGAAUGCCUUCGCUUGGGUGGGUGGAAAGACCUCACCCACAGCCUCUUUCUAGAGCCCGUUGUAUUUUUCUUCACAACGGGCCUUGUUUCUAGUAAGAGACCUAAAACCAGUUUCAUCUUGGCAAAUCUGAGCUCCCUGAUUGGUUGGGACUGGGUGGGACUGCACUGCAUCAACCUUUGGCCUGCCAAACUAUAAAUCAAGAGUACUUGCAUGCCAUUGGUUGAGCCCACUCGUCUCUCCUGCCCAAGUGGCUGUUGCUACCCAGCAAAGCUGGUUCUGUCAGUUGGAAUUGUGGCCAAACUCCAGGCCUCACACCUGGAAGUUGGCAGCCCUCCUGCUUGGAGACCCUGGAAUGCUGCUGCCUGCUAGUGUAGACAACACUGACCUGAAGAGACCGAUAGUCUGAGUCAACAGAAAACAGCUUCAGGUGCCCCAGGAUUACACAGUGGUAAUCACUGUGAUGGUAGAAAUUGGAUUGACUGGGGGUAAUUUCUGUGUAAAAGUAUCCCCCCAAAUCUGUUUGCACCAUGUGGAGGAAGAUUUUGACCACAGGAUGGCCAGAUCCCUCUAUCUUUGGGAUGGUGCGUACCCUCGUUUCCAAGUUACAGUGAAUGCACUUGGAAUCUACGUAGAACACACAUAUGGAUUUUUCUUUAUACAAGACUGUAUGUUACAUUCAACCAGGACUUUUUUUCCCAGGGGGAAUGUGGCAGAAUGGAGUUCUGGAACCUCUUUGCAGAAACAAAAUUCUCAAAAAAAUGUUUUAAAGUUUGUGAGGGGCACCUAUGUGUUUCUCCUCCGUUUCCUUCUUGAGAGUUCCAGCACCUCUUUUUCCCCCGAAAAAAAGCCCCGUGUUCAACACUUGCGCAGCUGAACACGUGUCCUGUAAACUCCGUUUAUCAAGGGACUGGUCCCCGGCUUUGUUUGUAAAGUGAACACACAUUGGCUCUUUUUUACACACAUGUACACACACAUAGGCAGGUGAUGCGUAUUCGCUGUGAGGUGAACAGGGCUUCGGAAGUAAGUGGAUGCCUCUCUCUUUGUCAAAGCGGGAAAUUUGAAAAAAAAAAAGAAAAAGUUUAUACAUUUCAAAAAUGUUUUACUCCAGAACUGUGUUCCUCAGAUGUUGCAUAAACCAAACGUCUUUUUGUUUCUUUUCUUUGGGGUGUUGCUGACCGUGGGGGGCACUGGUGGUGAGGCUUUGAAAUUUGUUCAAUAAAGUCUUUUUUUUUCCCAGUCUGAA